CAGCUAUGGUUGCUGCUAUCGUUGCGAUGGCGGAGAAUGCGCGCUCCCGGAAUGCCGGGUGAUUUCAAUAGGAGCUCUGUCUGUAGUGAAUAGGAGAUUCUUUGUCUUUCCUAGCGGACAUUCCUGGAGACAUUUGUUAAAAUACAUUUGCCGUGACACGCGUAGAGAGGAAAUUUGUGGUUGAUGCAAGUUGAGCUACUUUUCUUGAAAUGGCGUCCUUGAUCAAACCAUCCACCGCCUUCUCGACUGGUUUUCUCGCCAAAGAAUUACAAAGGGGCUGUGGAAUUGCCAGGAUUUCUUAUUGUAGGAGCUCAAGAAAGCAGCAAAGCUAUGCCAAAGCGGCAGUGGCUCCUCUCCAGAAGAACUAUGUCGACGAGGGAGACUAUGUCAAGGCUGGGGGCCAAGAGCUUAGCUUCGUCCAGAUGCAAGCUUUGAAGCCCAUGGAUCAACCAAAGAUCGCUGACAAGUUGACGGCAUUCACUGACGAUAAGGUGCUUGAUCUGGCCGUGAUAGGCUGUGGACCAGCAGGCCUCGCGCUAGCUUCCGAGGCAGCCAGGCGAGGAUUGAGUGUGGUGCUCGUGGGUCCGGACAUGCCAUUCACGAACAACUAUGGAGUUUGGCAGGACGAGUUUGAUGCUCUUGGGCUGGAAAGUUGCAUCGAGCAUACUUGGAAAGACACGGCUAUGUACUUCACGGAUAACGAUUGUUUGCUGCUGGGGCGUGCUUAUGGUCGCGUGGGACGUGACCAACUUCGGGAAGAACUGCUGAGGAGGUGCCAAGAAGCGAACGUUUUGUAUCACUGCUCGGAAGUUGAAGAUAUUUCCCGGGUUGACAAGAACAGUGGGAGUACACUUGCGUGCGCAAGUGGGAAAUCCAUCAAGUGCAGGUUGGCUACAUUUGCUUCAGGUGCGGCAUCUGGUAAGUUUUUGAAGUACGAGGCGCUUGAAGAGCGAGGAAUGAGCGUCCAGACGGCAUACGGCAUUGAAGUUGAGGUCGAGAAACAUCCGUACGAUCCGAAUGUGAUGGUGUUUAUGGACUAUCGAGAUUACAAAGCUGAAUCAGGAGACGGCGAAGUUCCGUCGUUUCUGUAUGUCAUGCCUUUCUCAGAAACCAGAGUCUUUUUUGAGGAAACCUGUCUAGCUGCAAGACCUGUUAUGUCAUUCAAUACUCUGAAGGAUCGGCUUUAUACGCGGUUAAACAAGCUGGGAGUGAAAGUUGUUCACAUGUACGAAGAAGAAUGGUCUUAUAUACCUGUUGGUGCCACCCUUCCAGACACAAAUCAGCAGCACUUGGCAUUUGGUGCAGCUGCAAGCAUGGUUCAUCCUGCAACAGGCUAUUCAGUUGUUCGUUCAUUGUCCGAAGCCCCUACCUAUGCAGCUGCUAUUGCGGCAGCACUACAGCCUCGAAAAGCCAGUCCUGGUUAUCUUCGACUUCAAAGGGAUUCCAUAUCCGCAGCCCUCGAGGCAUGGAACGUGCUUUGGCCUAACGAAAGGAAACGACAGCGAGCAUUUUUUUUCUUUGGCCUCGAGCUACUGCUGCAGCUUGACGUGCAAAGCAUGCGGACAUUCUUCCAGACGUUCUUCAAACUUCCUGAAAGGAUGUGGAAAGGCUUCCUUGCAGCUGAUCUCUCCUCUGCUGAGCUGAUAUGGUUUGCACUGCUCACGUUUCUAGUUGCUCCAAACACGCUCCGCAUGCAACUGGUCAAGCACUUGAUCAAGGAUCCAAGUGGCGCCAAUUUGAUCAAGUUUUACACACAGUUGUGGCCGUAAUAGAAUCGCUACGAUAUAGACAGUUUUGUCUCCCGACACAAGUAGCUCUCGCUGGCUCCAACAGCGUGUCGGACGAAACCAGGGGUCUCCAUCAAAGAUUUGAUUCAGCAAAAUCUUCCAGGGAAUUUGCUGAGCGCUGAGUGAAAUUGGAGGCAUUGAGGAGUUUUAUUUAUUCCUGCCGAUCGAGCAUGAAACCGACUCUCGAGCCUGGAGCCUUGAUCACAAACUUGCAACGCUGGAUCAAGUCUACAAAGUAACAAGUUUUCGUGCAAGAGACUACCUAUAAAGUCAAGGAAACAUUGUAAACUACUUGCCCCUCAGAGAGGCUAGACAGAAAUGAAAAUAACUCGAAGAACGA